GAUAGGCAUAAGUCUCACUACACAAAGCAGUUUUGUCAGCUUGCUGAAGACAACAAGAUACAGCUCUUUGCCCUCCCACCUCAUACAACCCACCUCCUCCAGCCUCUAGAUGUGGGUUGGUUUCAACCGCUCAAGUGGUAUCACGGCAAGACGCUUGAGUACGCCUCUCGUACAGGCUCGCGCGACAUCAAAAAGGCCGACUUUAUGGCUACAAUAGAGGAGAUCCGGUGCUUAACGUUUACAAAGUCUACAAUCUGCUCAGGUUGGCGCCGUACAGGCAUAAUGCCGUACAAACCUGAC